GGGGGAGGGCGGUUCUUCCUUGGAGGAUUAAAGUGUAGGGGGAUCCCGGAAGCGGUGACAUAGCCACGUGCCUGUGUGAGCGGAGAAGUGCGUUUUUUGUUUCACAAUAAACUGUGAAGUCAGCGGCGUUGCGGUUGCAGCUUGGCCACAAUGUUUCUGCAGUACUACAUCAAUGAACAAGGGGAGAGAGUCUACACUCUGAAGAAAAUGGAUCCAUCGGGCCAGCCAACAUGUUCAGCCCACCCUGCUCGCUUCUCUCCUGAUGACAAAUAUUCUCGACACAGGAUCACCAUCAAGAAACGCUUUGGUGUCCUGAUGACCCAGCAGCCUCGGCCUGUGGUUUAAAUGUGCGUCCAUCCUGCUUCCCAAGUUACAAAGGCAGCGAGAUAAGCUUCGGGAGCAGCUUUGAAGAAGUGGAUGAAGACAAAAAAUACCUGACGAUCUGCAUUCUGCCAUCCAUGUUGUUGAUGUUUUUCAAACUUGAUUUAAAUUCCCUUUGUGUUCUGUGGACGAGGAAUGAAUGACAUCCUGCAAGAAAGACAAAAUUACUUUAUUCACUGUUUUUUUCUGGCUAUGUAAUUCUGCAAAUAAAGUGAGAUUUUUUUUCCCA